UCCCCACCUGCAGAUGGAAGAUUCGUCCACCGGAAGCCUGCCACUGUGUCACUCGAAGCCACACUCAGCUUUGGUCUCCGGAGCUGUUCUGCUCGAGUCGGAUGUGGCCCUCAGCAGAUCAUGUCACCCAUCAGCAACGGCAGCCUCAGACCUCCCGCAUUCCUCCUGGUCGGCAUACCGGGGCUGGAAUCCACGCAGCACUGGGUCGGGAUCCCUCUGUGCUCCAUGUAUAUCGUGGCCUUGCUGGGGAACAGCAUUGUUCUGUUUGUUAUAAGGACAGACCCCAGCCUGCAUGAGCCCAUGUACUUCUUCCUGGCCAUGCUGACCAUCACCGACUUGGUCCUGUCCACAUCCACCCUGCCCAAAAUGCUGAGUGUCUUCUGGCUGGGUGAAAGGGAGAUCGAGUUCCAUGCCUGCUUCGCCCAGAUGUUCUUCGUCCAUGCUUCCUCACUGGUGGAGUCAGGCAUCCUGGUGGCCAUGGCGUUAGACCGCUAUGUGGCCAUCUGCAACCCCCUCCGGCAUGCCGCCAUCUUGAAAAUCAGUAUGGUGGCCAAGAUAGCGCUGCUGGUCUUAGUCAGAGGCCUCGUUGUGAUAGCCCCUUUCCCCUUGCUCCUCAUGAAGCUUCCUUUCUGCCAGGCUUACAUCAUCCCCCACUCCUACUGCGAGCACAUGGCCUUGGUGAAGCUGGCCUGCGCAGACACCACGGUCAAUGCAACGUACGGCGUGGUCGUGACCAUGUUAGUUGUGGGGAUGGAUGGCAUGUCCAUUGUUCUGUCCUACGUGAUGAUCCUCCGGGCCGUCUUUGGCCUCCCUUCCACCCAGGCCCAGUUCAAGGCUCUCAGCACCUGCACAUCCCACGUCUGCGUCAUCCUCGUGUUCUACGUCCCUGGGCUCUUCUCUUUCCUGGCGCACCGCUUCGGCCAGAGUGUUCCCCUCCCCAUCCACAUCCUGCUGGCCAACCUCUACCUCCUGAUGCCACCCAUGCUGAACCCCAUUGUGUACGGGGUGAAAACCAAGCAGAUCCGCAGUCGGGUGACCAGGAUCUUCCAUGUGAGGGGCUCCUGA